AUGUCGAUCGAUACUGGAUAUAUUAUUAUUUGGCUUGAUGCUCAUAUUGGAUCGAAAGAGAAUUGUCGACAAAUGAAGCAACAAUUUCAAGUUGGUCUUGUAGAAGCAGCAGCUGUACCACCACAACCUCCAGAUCCAAUUGAUGAUCUUAUUUGUGCUAUGCGUGAAUAUAGUGCUCCUGUCGAGUUUGCUCAAACUGAUGACGAAGCAUUGAAUCAUAUUGAAAACAAUUUAGCUUGUUCAAAAAAAAUUAUUUUUAUCUCCUCAGCAUCACUGGCAAGACAAAUUAUUCCUGAAAUCCAGAAAAAAGAAUUUCAUAUCGAAUCAUAUUACAUUUUCUGUGGAGAUAUGACACUUCAUCGAGAUUGGGCUAUGGAUCUGAUGGCUGAUGGAUUAGAAGUGCAAAUGUUUGAUUUUGAAGUAACUCUAUUGACACGACUCUGUCGAGAUAUGAGCAACAUUUUAAUCGAAGAUGGAAAAGUAUCAUUAAAACAAAACAAACCUGAAACUGCUCUGAUGUAUUUUCAAUAUGCAUAUGCACUUGCUGACAAGGCAGUCGAAUAUGAUAAACCCAAAGAUCCUAAAGAUCCACAUCGUCCAUCGACUGCAUAUCGAGGAAUAUUAGAUCCUCUCAUUAAAACUGCUAAACAAGCUUUGCAAUAA